CCGGUUGCCUUUCAUUACAGUUGUGCGACUGCCACCGAACUUGAACUCAUGCGAGAAAGGGGGGAAUUGCCAGCACCUCUUGUCUCAUACUUCCGUCUAGAUGUUCAACUCGACGGCCUCUUUUCAACCUGGUUACAACGGGAUCACCUGAUGCGUGAGUUCUUCUCAGACGCAUCCAUUGAACACAUUUCUCGCUUCAAAGGACUUCGCUUACUGAAUCAGGACCCCCGAGAAACAGUUUUCGCAUUCAUUACCUCAGCAAAUAACAACGUUUCGCGCAUAAGUAAACUUCUUGUUGCACUAAGUGAACAGUACGGCAAGAAGAUGCAGUUUGCGGAGACCAAAUCAGCCUACUGCUUCCCGACACUGGAGACACUUGCACGUCCUGAUUUCGAGAAGCAACUCCGCACGAUUGGAUUCGGCUAUCGCGCGAAGUUCAUCCCUGCUGUCGCUCAAAAACUGCUGGAAGCGGGCGGUGAUUCUGCCCUGAUAAAUCUUCGAAAGGCUAGUUAUGAUGAAUGCAAGGCUUUUCUUCUCAAGCUUCCCGGUGUUGGAAACAAGGUCGCCGAUUGCAUUUGCCUGUCGUGUUUGGACAAAGUUGAGGUGGUUCCUGUGGACGUGCACAUCGCCCGCGCGGCCGCACUUCGGCGUAUCAAAGUGCCAACCUCUCUCUCAAGUGCCUCCUACCGUCUCAUCUCCAAACACCUCUCCACACUCUGGGGCCCUUACGCAGGGUGGGCACAAGUGGUAAGUUGGAGUGCUUUGAAGUCCCCGUUUUCAAAAGUGCCUCAGAUUUUGAGCAAAUCGACUUGCCCCGGCGCUAGCCAAUCCACACCGGACCAUUAA